CACCGCGCAUCAAGUGACUACUCCCAUGACCAAUAACCCCAAGUACAGCAUCGCCACGUUCGCCGCUGGCUGCUUCUGGGCCGUGCAACGUGCAUUCGACCGCGUACCUGGCGUCAUCGAGACGUCCGUGGGCUAUUCGCAAGGCAAGACCGACAACCCCACGUACCGCACGGUAGUUACCGGCCGUACGAACCAUGCUGAGUCCAUUAAGAUCACUUUUGACGAGAGUCAAGUGACGUACGAGGAGCUACUCAAGGUGUUCUGGACCAUUCACGACCCAACGUCACUCAACCGCCAGGAGGACGACGUUGGCACGCAGUAUCGCUCAGGCAUUUACUACCAGAAUGAGGAGCAACACAAGAUCGCGCUGGCGUCCAAGGAGGAGCAUCAGAAGACAUUGGACAAGCCUAUUGUCACGGAGAUUGAGGAGGCCAAGCAGUUCUGGGACGCUGAAGAAGCUCACCAAAAGUACCUGGAGAAGGGCGGCAGUUGCUCCGACAAGGGAUCCGAUGUUCAGUGUGGCGCCUAACAGCGUGAAACUAAAGAGUGCAUUCACAUUUACGAUAAGCAAUACGUGCCAGGUCAUUCAUAAUUCCUACGUGCAGUACAUUUUAGUACCAUCAUGUCAACUGCACUCUCUUACUUAGCUCGACGGGUACUAAAGUUCAUUUGCCAAAAGUCAGAAGCGAUGGCAUCGAUGCUGAGGCGUGGAAUGUAGAGCUGUUAGGCGCCACAGGCGGCUCGAUGGAUGAACUUCGAUCAACGGGAGUUCUUGGUGUACCUCCAUCACGACUGUGAACUGCCAGCACU